AUGGGGGGGAAGCAGGCGCAGUCCAGCAGCAGUGGCGCGGGGAUAGGCGCGGGGGGGAGUAUCAGUGGCGCUAAGGGCGGAAAGGGCGGAAUGUCUGUAGAGGAAAAGGUGCUGGCGGAGUUAGUAGCAGCAGCGGCGGCCGGGAAGGGGAAGAUGGGGGAGGCGUGGGGGUCUAUUCUCGCGCAGGCGCAAGCAGACCUGGGGAACAUCGAGCUCUCUGAUUCGCUGGGCGCGGACGGGGGCGGGCGCGGGGGGAUGGGGGGAAACGCGGGGGGCGAGGAUAUGCAGGAGGGGAGCCGAGGGGCUGGGGGAGGGGCAGGGGGAGGGGAUGGCGGAGGGGAGAUGGAGGUGGAUGGGAAGGCGAGGGGGGCAGGAGUGAGUGGUGGGGGGGCGUUAGAGGAAUCAGCUCAAAGCAGGCCGGGAACAGGGCAAAGCCGGGGUGGGGGAGCAGCAGCAGCAGCAGCAGGAGGAGCAGCAGGAGCAGGGGGGGCAGCAGGAGGCAGGCAGUCUACCGAGAACAACAUAUUUAAUCUUCAAGCGAGUGCAGUGAAUGAGCUCUUAGAGGGGAUAAACAUAGCGGGAUUCGGCCUGAAUCUGGACACACUAGAGUUUGACACGUCAGAAUCAGGCCAAUCCAGCUCAGUAUGCAUGAGCCCUGCUACAGCCGCCGAAGUCUCGGGCAGCAGAGCGAGAAUUUCCUCCGCCAUGAGCCCGGCAGGGGCAGCAGCCGCGGGCAGCAGCCAAAAUCUUUUCGCAGGGAUGACCUCCCGAAGCCUCAACUCCCUCUCUCUGAAAAAGAACACCCCUGUGGGGGCAUCAGGUUCCCGUAGCGGCAUAGACGCAAAAGGAGGGGGAGUGCCCCUAGGAGGGGGUUCCCUAGGGGGUUCCCUAGGGGGUUCCCUGGGAGGUCGUGCUUCCAGCCUUAACGCUGCUCCCUCCAGAAUAACUCCCCAAGACCCUGGGUCUGGGCCCAAUGGGGACCUGCUAGGAGCAGGAGGGGCAGCAGGAGGGGCAGCAGGAGGGGCAGCAGCAGGCGGAGGAGGAGGAGGAGGGGAAGGAGGAGCGGGAGGAGGGAGUGGGAAGGAGAAGGCGCAGGGGCGGCCAGCAGGGUGGCACGUGGGGCUGGAGCUUCUCCCCCUAGACACGCCCAUAGGCGACCUGCCGUCCACUGAGGUGUUUGAAAACUCUGGGAAGCGAAGCCGCGUGGCCCUCUCUCACAUCCGCACCUCCAGUGGGAGCUCCUCCCUUCCGGAAUCCGAGCAGAAACAGCUGCUGGAGUUUGCUCGAAGCAGCGGUGUGCUAGGGAACAGCCCGGGUGCUGCGUCGGGACGGCAUCAGCCAGCGCAUGCGGGCGCUGAGUGCAUUCAGCGCAUUCAGUGCAUUCAGCUGUAUGACUUGGUGCCGAAUGCACGGAGACAUAAGCACCCUUCUCACGCCUUCCCAUUCCCCACUCCCUCUCUCCGCCUUACCCCCUAUCAGCUGCGUCGGGACCGCAUCAGCCAGCGUAUGCGGGCGCUCUACGACUUGGUGCCGAAUGCACGCAACACAGACACAGCAUCCAUGCUGGAUGAAGCGAUUCAAUACGUGCGCUCGCUGCAGGAGCAAGUGCAGACUCUGAAGAAGGAGAAGGGCGAGAGCCAGGGAACCUCUUCGGUGGGCACGGGCAGUCUGGGCCGGCCGGCGGACAGCAGCAACGAGGGCGGGACGAGCAGGAGUGCAGGGCAGCAGAGCAUGGGGCAGAGCAUGGCACAGAGUGUGGGACACAGCGUGGGCCAGGCUGGGUAUGGAGGUACGGAGGACGGGUUUGGCUCGGAGAAUGAGGUUUGGGAAGGGAGUGCGGCGCCUUCCCCCAUGGGCAGCGGUAUGGGCAGCAGGAAAAAUUCCCUGCACCUGCUGGCUGACCGGCAGGGGAGUGGGGAUUUCGGGGCCCUGGGGCAGGAGGUUGGAGAUGGGAGGGUGGAUGGUGGGUUGAGAGGGGUUGGGCAUGCACAUGCACUAGCCCCAUCAGGCUCAGGUGUGGGUGUAACGGGUGCUGCUGCUGGCCUAUCGCCACUAGUAGCAACUGCAGCAGGGGCUGCAACUCAUGGGAGUGUUUUGGCUGGAGCAACUGGGGUGCUUGCGUCUGGUGGUUUGGUGGAUGUGGCGAAGGGUGGCAACAGUGGCCUUGUAACGGAAGCUGCUGGAGUAACUGGUUUGGAGAAUAUGAUAGUGGGUGGUACGGAGGUGGAAUGGCCGGGUGAGAUUGAGUUAACGUUGGAAGACAUGAACAUGGUGGAUCUUGGCGGGUGGGAUUUUGACUCUUGA